GAAAUGUAUGUUAUGAUUAUGGAGCAAGUUGAGGAGCUUUGCUAAGAAAGCAAACGCUCAACACACAGAGGAGUGCACACAGCUGGACUUCAGAAACUGUGCCUUUAAACAAGCUGUCCGGAUUUGCGUAAGACUGUGAUGUCACAACUUUACAGUCACCACCCUCACAAAUGUCCACAUCAUGGCAAUGGUUGCAAAAAAAGUCUGCAAAAGUGUUGCCAAAUCAUGGCGGGUGGUGCCCGCUCGGGCCUUUGAGAACUGACCAAUCAGAGCAGACUGGCUUGAAGAGACGGGGGGAGCAUUCAUAUGCUCCUUGGAUGAUCCCACUUCCUGCAUUUGGAAUCGAUCUUCUGACUGUAAUGUGUUCAUGCGCGUCAAGUCGAAUGCUGAAUAAAGAUUCAAUGAAGACGUGACAUGAAAUUAAUUUUACAUUAUGCAUAUUACGCAAAUUUACAAUAUGCCAUUUUUUACAUUAUGCAUAUUACGCAAAUUUACAAUAUGCCAUGUUUUAGCGUCAUAUGAUGUCAACUCAGCUCAUGUACCAAUAUUUUCUCAGACUUUCCAAGUUGUUGCUCCAAUUUGACGGGUUGUUUUCCCCAGUCAGAAAUACGUUUUUCCAAUUAGUCCAACACCACAUGAACGCACCAUAAACAGACAGAAGGUGAACAUGGGUGCUGCAGCAGUGGACGGGAUGGUGAAAAUAAUGUGUUUUUAGAUCACUAAAGCAUUGAAACAUUUUUGCUGGACAUAAAAAAAAAAAUAAUAAUAGAAUGAACCUGAUAAUAAGCAUAAUCAUGGGGGCGGCUUAAGGACAAACUGAAGAGGAACUGGAACUAGCAUAUCUGAUGGUGCUGAAUGACAGUUGAAUGCCCAAAAGUAACGUUCGCUGUGUCUGCCGUUGUGCAAAGUAGGCCUGUGCAAACUGGGGGCAGCAGGGACGCUUUUAGUUGACAUUAUUUUAAUCAUUAAUCGAGCCACACCUUGCCCUUCUCAUGGUCUCUACUCGAUCCUGUUUAAAUUACUAGCAGUUCAAUGACCAACUAGACAAUAGCUGACCUAGAGUCUGUUAUUGGCCUUGGUUAAUUCGCUGCUAUUGAGAGAGGAUGAAGUUUGUCUCUUAACUUUUGAUUCUUCAAAUGCUGAAAUUAUACUCAUGACUCCAAGAUCAUGUCUAAUAAAAAAGCAGGGAAACGCUUGUGUGAGUGUAUGUGUGUGUUAGGGGUCACAGAUCAGAGCAAAGCUUCCUGUAAACUAUAAUUAUUUUACUGACGAUGCCACAGGGGAGAGUGCGGACUUCUUUGUCUCCAGGAGAAGGCAGGACUAUCUAACUAGGUCAUCCGGACAGUGAGGUCAAUAAACCAUUUUUAUUGACAAGCUGAGCUCAGCAAACAGCACCGACUGUCGUCUAAACACAAUGGACCUCUAAAAGACCCCCUAAGAAAAAAACAAAACAAAAACAAAAACAGGCACAAAAAGACAAUACGUUUGAAAUAGCUCGACGUGUUUUGGUUCCACAUUUAAACCUUCAGUGUUUGUCUGAAUUCAAAUGUUUACGGUGAAAGGCCAAACUUCGCAACCGUUAGCUUAUCAGUGUCGGCUGCAGCGGACACAUUACUGCUCGAGUGCAAGGCAUUUUGAAAUGUUUUAAAAUGCUUUAAAAGAGGCUGAAACUGAGUGUAACAGCUGCACGUAGUUCGACGUUGACGGCGCCGUCGACACUUAUCCUGCGGACCGUUACGUUCGUUCCCUCGGUUACAUGAUACGGCUCCUCGGACGCUCGCGGCCGUUUGCGACUCACGACCUGUAAACAAGUGGGAAAACUUCACUAAGCGAGUUAAAGACGAGCCGAGCGGGUCCCAGAGCAGUUUGACGCCCGCACGCACAGAAAGACACCGGAAACAGUUGCGUUCAAGCGGCACAAAAUCUUACCUUUCUGUUAUCGCACUGAGGCUCCACUAAACCCAGCCUGCAGGGACACGACGCUGGGCUUAGCUUCCGAUUCAGCUGAGGGGGAAGUUAAGAUUUUUCUUCAACGUUUUCUUUUCGGGCAGCCAGGUUGUGAUGAUGUGGGGAGUCACACUAAUUCUUGCCUUCUCUGUCCUGGUCCUGGUGGCAUCACAUGAAGUUCGACUGGACUGUCACGAAUUCCAUGACCUUCCUCCUAUCAGUACUGUGACACCACAUCCCCCAGUGGACUUGAAAGUGGAGCUGGUGACAGUGGGAGGAAGAUAUGCAUUGAACAUAAGCUGGGCAAUCUGCUUGGAUGCUGGUAUCGGCUCUCUGACAGGCACUUGGAUCGAAAUUCCUGGGGAAACAACAUACCACUGUGGAUACAAACCACCUUUGGCCAACCUGGAGCCCACUGGGCCAGACCUGAUAUGGUUUCAUUAUUUAGCAGAAACAAGCUAUGGCAUCACCGACAUCUCAGCUGCCAACCUGCCUCUGCCUCCGCCGGGGAGCGGCUCCCCUUACACCAAGGUCGUUUCAAUCAAUGUACCUCGCCAAAAAACGGGCAGUAAAACACCAACACCUACUCCUACAGUUACGGACACUACUUUAGUUUAUACUACAGAAGGUGUGCCUGUCGACUCAACCAGCAUAGUGAUGGCCAUUUUUGGAGUGCUGGCCAGUUUGAUGAUCCUGAGUUCCUGCUACAUAAUCUAUAAAAGCUGCGGAGCCAUGUUAGCCUCAUUAAUGGGCUUCAAAAUGUUGCUUGCACCUCCCAUGGUUCCUGUCCCAGUCCUCAUGGUGUACCCUGCUGAGAAUUCAGCCUUCCAGCGGGCCGUGGUGGCCCUGGCAGAGUUCCUGCAGUGGCAUGGAGGCUGCAGCGUGGCCGUCGACAUGUGGCAGCAGGGGAAGAUCGCAGAGCUGGGGCCCAUGCGAUGGCUGGCAGAGCAGGCCAAAGCUGCAGACCUAGUGCUCAUUGUCUGCCCACAGGCGCAGACUCCCAGGGACUCUCCUCCAAACCACAGCCUCCUCCCAGAACCCUCCAUCCCAGCUGCGGCUCAUGACCUUUACCCUCUGAUCCUCAACAUUGUGGCGAGCCACGCAAAGAGCGCCAGCGACUUGGAUAAGUUUUGGGUUGUGCAGCUGGGUGAGCAGCAGGCAAAGAGGUCCAGUAACCUGCCGCGGGAACUGAGGGCCUGCAGGACUUUUCGUCUGAUGAAGGACUUGGCCAAACUGUGCAGGGGCCUUCAUACCAAGUGUCAGGGUGGCAAGAAGAUAUCAAAACCCUUCUUCAAACCAGGCAUUGAAAUGAGUUCAGGGAAGUUAAGGGAGGCAGUAGAAAAGCUGGGUGGACUUCAGCCAAGCAUUUUCAGGGAGGUGGAACCAUUGACAUCUGUGGUGACCACCAUCUGAGCAUGUGCAGUGAAAAUGUUUACUUUUAUUGAUAAGGAGGAUAGGUCAGAAUAGUUCAUUGAUGACUGAUGUCACAGACCUGUUCUUAUGUCUGUUACCAAAACAGUGACCUCGAAAACGCUGGGUGGAUCUGUGUCUCUGUCAGUAUUUUAAUAUGUGGUCUCGUGCCUAGUCAACAUCGAAGUUGCCCACUUUUGUCUUCCAAACGUGUUUGACUGCUAUGUAAGUUUCGGCUGUGAUCCUUGAAUAUCAAAACGAAAUAAGUGCUUUAUAGCAAAACUGAUAAUGCUCUCUGACUUUGUGGAUUACAAUCCCUCAGGAAUUUUCUGAAGAUAUGGUGUAUUGGUGAAAUCUGGACCUUGUUUUUUAUGUCAGAAAAUUAUGACUUGACAGCUUUUAUGAUCUACUGUAGUUAAUAUAAUCCAGUAGUCUGGAUAUAUUUAAUGGUGGUUGGUUGGCUCUUUCUAUGUGGAGUAGUUGGCUGUUUCCAUCUGUUUGUCUCUGUCUGCUCAAUUGUCUGUUUUGAUGUCUAUUUCAGAGUGUUAUAUUGUGUUUCAGUCCCCAAAAGCUUGACCCGGGACAAGGACUGCAAAUUGGCCAUGGCGAAGAAGUGCAACAUACAUUGCAUCGGUUGCAUGUAACAAUGCCUACAUGUAUUGUCCCUGUCAUAUAAGCUAAUAAAUAAAUAAAUAAAUAAAUAAAUAAAUAGUGCA